AUGGCAACUACUGAAGAAAAUGAUAACAAUAGACAUAUGACAACAAAUUUAUCAUCAUUACGUCGUCGUUUCGCUUCUCUUGCACUUUCAUGUAUUCAUCGUGAAUAUCCAAACAAAAUUGCUCAUGUUCUUACAUCUGAUGCAGAUGUUCAAGCUCCACAUCAUUUAACACCUGCUUUUUUUGGUUGUUUUGAUUGGCAUUCAGCUGUUCAUGGACAUUGGCUUUUAGCUCGUCUUGGUCGUGUUGAUAAAAAUCUUACUUAUGAAUGUCGUCAAGCACUUCGACAAAGUUUAACAAAAGAAAACCUUGAAGGUGAAGUAACAUAUUUAAGUGGUGAGCAACGUCAACCAUUCGAACGACCUUAUGGUUUAGCAUGGCUAUUACAAUUAGUUAUGGAAUUAGAUGAAUGGGCAGAAGAAGAAAAAGAAAGUUCUGAAGAAAUUCUUCAAUGGCGUGAGAAUAUUCGUUCACUAGAAUUAAUUGUCGUCAAUCGUUUAUCUUCAUGGCUUCCAAAAUUAUCACAUCCUGUUCGUAGUGGUGAACAUAGUCAAACAGCUUUUGCUCUUGGUCUAUCUCUUGAUUAUGCUCGUCAUGUAAACAAUUCAAUAUUUGAACAACUUAUUGAACAACAUUCAUUAAGAUUCUUCUCUUCAGACAAACUCUAUCCAUUUAUUUAUGAACCAUCAGGUGAAGAUUUCCUAUCAGCUGGUCUUGCUGAAGCUGAUUUAAUGCGACGUGUUAUGUACAAGAAUAAUCAGGAAUUUUUACAAUGGUUUAAUGAAUUUUUACCUCGUACAAAUCUACCAUCAAGUCUCGAACCACCAUCAAUUGCUGAUCCAACCGAUCCAAAAUUAAUUCAUUUAGCUGGAUUAUGUCUUAGUCGAGCAUGGAUGUUAGAAGGUAUUGUUGAAUCAUUGCCAGAAAACAGUGAACAACGAAAUCAAUUGUAUGAAUUAAGCAAAAGAAAUGCUCAAGCAGGUUUAACAGCUAUUGACGAAAGUCAUUAUGAAGGAGGACAUUGGCUUGGCACUUUUGCUGUGUAUUUGAUAACACGACGAGGAAUUCAUCCAAAUGAAAUUAACAAACCAUAG